GACGACGGCAUGCGGCGUCAGCGGCUGGUCGCGGCGCUACUGUGGCUGAGCGCCGCGGCGGCGGCCGUCGCUCUGCUGGCGGUCCUGCGGGCCCGCUCCUGCGCCACCCCCGCCGCCCUCCUGCGUGGCGGACCCACGGCGCCAGCGAUGCUCUCCGGUGCCUCUGCCAACUGCUCCAAUAACACCUGCCCCAAGCCGGCGCUACUCACCGGCCUUCAGCCGGGGGCGGGCUCGUGGCCGCCGCUGGCGGAGGCGCGGCUGCGCUGCCUGUCGGGCGUGGUGACGGCGGUGCCGGGCGGCCGGCUGGCGAACCGCGUGCUGGAGUACGCGUCCGCGUGGUCGCUGGGCCGGCGCCACGGGCUGCGCCUCGCGCUGCCCGCCGGCGUGCUGCACCCGCUGCGGGGGCUCUUCCGCAACCUCAGCGCCGCGCCGCUCAAGGCGGUGCUCGGCCGGCCUCCCUGCAGGGGCAGCGGGCUCUCCGAGCUGAUGGUGCUUCGCCACUCAGCCUCCGAUGCGCAGCUGUAUCCUGUGAAGCGAUACGUCUCAUGGGCGGCCAAACACAGCCAACCAGUCGUUCUCAGGAAAUGGAUCGUUUUGACGGAGACCAUAGUGGAAAUGUCCGGGAGGUUGCGGGAGGAAUUCCAGUACAAGGAAGAGCUUGCUAGAGCCGCAGCAGAGACGCUGUCCAAAGCGAAGCGCGAAAUGGCUCUCAAGGCGGGUCCCAAGUAUUCCAAGGUGCUGGCUGUGGGAAUGCACGUACGGCGGACGGACUACGUUGCGUUUCUGCGCUACAAAUACAACGCGACGCGCGGCGCAGGCCUCGACUACUACCGGCGAGCUGCAGCGCGCAUGCGCGAGUUGCUGCAGCCUGAAGGGGCCGCACUUGCCUUCGUCGUGACCAGCGACGACACGCGCUGGUGCGACAGGGUUCUGCUGCCGGCGCUGCGCGAAGACUUCAAGGUUGGUGUCCCUGUGACUGGUGCCUUCCUGGUGUCACGUGGCGGAGUACAUGCACCAGACCAUGACCUCGCACUGCUGUCUUCAGUUGACCACUCAGUGAUUGCGUACGGCACCUAUGGCACCUGGGGAGCACUCAUGGCCGGUGGUCGCACUAUUGUGUUUGAUAUGGCUGCCGCCAAUCCGGACAUGCCGCCUGGCAUGAGCACUGGAGCCAUGCACUUCGCACGCCGCCUACCUUCCUGGGAAAUGCUCACCUAGUCUGACAGUUCAGUGUCCAUUCCACCACACAGCUACAAUGGUGAAAAACCACCGCACUUCUGGUUGAUGAUCGAUCGUUCAGCAAACUCACCGCAAAAAAAAAUCAUCAUUGGAUCACAACUGGAAUGUUCUGCAUCAUACCAAGUACCUGAGGCAAAGCUAAUCAAACAAUUAUUUUUUAUCUUGUGACAUUUACAAACCGUUCCUUUUACACAGUGCUGUCACCUACCCUUGAGUAAUAUAAUUUACUUCGAAAGUUCUCUUUUUUUGUCACCUUUUGCAUAGAGAGAUGGUCUCAGGUUAGCUUCACAGUGUUCAUACAUAAGUCCUGCACCAGCUUCACACCAAAAACUUAUCUACACUGUGAGGCACUGUUACAAAUUAUCCCAGUAAAGAAGUGAGUUAAAAGAUAGUCUUUUAUUGCACAGUGUUGGCAUAUUGCUGGCAAACAGCAAGUAUCCAGUGUCUAAUGUGCUGCAAUGAAACAUGUAAGUACUACCAUCAACACACACAGCAUAUUGAUAGAACCUCCAUUAACUUGUAAGUUGAUUAAUUCCUUGUCCCAUAGAUUAAUGGCAUGACUUCUAUUGAAAUGAUUUGGAACAACUAUGUAUCUAAGCUACCACACAUGCUUUGUCUUUAUAAGUUGCUACAUACAGACUAUUUACAGAUCACUUAAAUUUAAUAAAUAAUAAGAAAAUAUCAAUAUUCAACAUUUCUCAUGUUACUAGUGAAUUAAAAUUAAGUUUAUCAAUAUAAGUAAUCAUGCUAUUAACUGUUAAUUAAAUUUUUUAUAAAGU